GAAAGUCACAAUAAUAUUGGAGAAAUUUCAAAAAAGCCAACAAAAACUAAAUGCCAGCCAGUCAUAAUUUUCUCCUUUUUCCGUGAAUCACUUGCAGGUGAUAACUCGGACAUUGUCGCCACAGAUUCGCAAAAGAACACUGUCUACUUGCUGGCGAAGAAACAUGGUAUUGAGAAUCCGGAAAAGUUUGCGCUACUGCUCGCCAAUCACUUCCUUAACCAGUACGCCCAUGUAGCCGAGGCACACGUACACAUCGAGGAGUAUCCGUGGGAACGUAUCGCGCAGGAGGAUAGCGGCAUUUGCGACAACAAUUACUCCUCAAUCAACAAUCGCCACCGACAUAAUCACGCAUUCAUCUUUACGCCCAUUGCGCAACGCUACUGUGAUGUGGUGCUGAGACGAACGGAUCCCAAACAAACUGUCAUUAGCGGCAUUAAGGGUCUUCGCGUACUCAAGACAACUCAAUCGUCCUUUGUUAACUUCGUCAACGAUGAAUUCCGCACGCUACCCGAUCAAUAUGAUCGUCUUUUCAGCACCGUCGUCGACUGCAGUUGGGAAUAUUCCGACAUUAAAGAUGUGAAAUUCUGCCAGACCUGGAAUUGUGUGAAGAAUAUUAUAAUUCGAAAUUUUGCUGGCGAUCCAAAUGUGGGCAUCUCUUCGGUAUCUGUACAAAAUACUCUGUAUCUCUCCGAAAAAGAAGUGCUUGAUGUUAUACCACAAAUUUCCGUGAUUUCAAUGACUCUGCCAAACAAACAUUAUUUCAAUUUCGAUACGAAACCUUUUCAAAGUGUUGCGCCAGGUGAAAAUAAUGAAGUUUUCAUUCCAGUCGACAAACCACAUGGCACAAUCUAUGCGCAGUUGGCUAGAAAGGAUCUGAAAUGCCAUUUAUGA